GUGUCCAUAUAUAAGGAGCUUAUACUGAGACACAUUGCUUUGGUUAUGUCUUCUCGUGUGGAAACGCUUCUGUUAUGCCAUAACAUGGUCUUGUCUUUUGCCUUUGGAGUUAAAUUCUCUAGUUACGUGCCUCCCUCUGGCUUCCAAUGACCUGAGCUCCACCCUACCACAUCAAACAACAAAAUUCCCCAUUUACGUUUUCUCAUCACUGGUGAGGUUAAGUUGAUCAGAGGAAGAGCCACACAAUUUUUUGACUUAUUUUGUGCUGUAUCAUAUUUCUUUAAGUAUACCAAAAAGACAAAAUGUCAGCUGGACAAGAUGGAUUUCUAAGCAGACCCAAGGCAGAAUGGACACCCACACGUGAUGCAUACUUGGUUGAACUUCUUAUUGAUCAACACAAGAGUGGAAGAACAGCUUACAAUGAAUUCAAAAAUGAAGUCAUAAAGUCUGUCACAUGGGAGUUCAACAAAAGGUUUGGCCUCAACUUGGAAGAGAAUCAGAUCAAGAAUCGCUACAAUGUUAUGAAGAAAGAUUAUGGUAUUGUCAAGACACUGCUUAGUCACAAGGAAUUUGUGUGGGAUGAAACUCGCCAUACGGUUGUGGCUGACGACAAAGUAUGGGACAAUUAUAUUAUGGUAAGAUGUGAGGCAAGACCUUUUAGACGCAAGAGUUUCCCACUCUAUAAACAAAUGUCCAUCAUAUUUGAAGGCGAAAGAGGAAUUCCAAAGGGCCAAUUUCCCAGUGGAGCAAUGGCCACAGCAGAAGAAGGAAACAGCAACACAGAAACAGUUCGGUCUUCAGAGCCAUGUAACAUACCAACACAAGUAAUUGAUGGUACCCUUGAUUCUGAUUCAAUAAUCCGCAUCAACGAGGUGCUAACCAAGAAGCACAAAUUUAUCAAUCCAGCAGAGUCAAUUCGCAAGAAAAGAGCACACCUCAAAAUUGGGGAAACCAUAGAGAACACAUUGUAUGAGGUUUUCACAGCAGCCAAGUCCAAAGCCAAGCAAAGAAAUGCAUCCAAUGCAACAACAAUGUACAAGAAUUGCUUGGAGGAGUUGCAGAAAUUGGAGGAAUUGGAUGACAAUGAGUUUGCAAAAGCUGUUAAUGCACUUAAGGAUGACAAAAAUGCUAUUGCUUUUAUGACAAUAAAAGGGCAUAGGCGUUUAACCUGGUUAAGGUCUCUAUGGAACUCAGAGUAACGUGUAGAUUUUUAAUUUUCAUACUGUUGCGGGCAUAUCUUAGAUAAACUUGUCGUCAUUUAAGCCUUGCAUGUUUCUUCACACCCUAUUUCGUUGAGAUUAUUAUAUUUGUUUACACAUUUGUUAGUAUGUACUUCAAUUUACAUUAUAAUGCUACUAUCAUACUAUGCCUUUAUGGUACAUUCUG